AUGGCAGAGGAUCUUCCAGCUGAGAAUAUGGAACAAAAUGGCCAGGUUUUGGAAUAAAUUCUUCCUCGCCAUGAUCAUAAUCCUUAUAGUCCUCUUCUUCGGUAAGCUGAUGCCAAAAUGUUUAAUCUACUCACAGAUCAUAAUGACUCACAAUAGUGACACUCACCUGAGAUCUUACAAUCUCAAUCUCAUACAAUGCUUUUGCCAUGUUUAACCAUGUCGUACCACACCUGCACACCCUCCUGUCCUCCUGUAGACGCUGUGCGCGAGGUGAGGAAGUAUUCGGGGGCGGGAAACAGCAAGGACGCUAAUCUGCAUCCCAACAUGUUUGACAACCUCAACAUGAAGCUGUUCAGAGCCCAGAGGAACCUCUACAUCUCCGGCUUUUCCCUAUUCCUCUGGCUGUAAGUCCUGGAUCUGUCUGUCCAUCAUUCACCCAUUUGACAUACUGAAUCCUCACUGUGUCAUCAUCACAUUGGGAUGGAUACUGGUGAAAAACCAGCCAGUGCAUGGAUCGUCAUAAUCAUAGAGAUUUCUUUAUUCAUUACAAUGACCAUAACACUCUGGUCGUGUUCAGUAGGGCACACCGUAGCAAAAUGUUUAGCAACGGAAAACAAAAAAUGUGUUGAGAUGGACAAGUUCAGGUGGCCAGCUCUCUGUUAUUCUCAGUAUUGAACACCAUCUCUGUGUGUGUUGUUGUUUACCUACAGGGUACUGAGGCGGGUGAUCACUCUGAUCAACCAGCUGGCGAUGGAAUCUGGCACCACGGCCUCUCUGCAGACCAAGGCAGAGAGUGCCAACCAAACUGCCAAGAAAUACAUGGAGGACAACGAGCUACUGAAGAAGGUAAGGUCAUACCCAGUAUCACUGCCCUUUCUGCACCUGAGCCCGUAUUUAAAAGGGUCUCAAAAAGAAGAGCGCUGAUCUAGCAUAAGGCCCCCCUUGUCCAUGAAAACGUAUUCAUUUUUAUUUAAAAGGCGAAACUGAUGCUAUAUCAGAACUCCUACUCAGAGAUAUUGGGCCUUCAUCCACUCUAAAAUAAACUAAACUAAUUUUGGUACUGCAUUUGGUUGAGAGGUGUGAUAAGUGGUUCAUGUUUGUUAAUGUUUACCUGUGUUUGUUUCAGACUCUGAUGGAUGGGAAGGGGGACAAGGCCACAGCGGAGGGAAACGAGCUGCUGAGGUCAGAGAUGGAGAAACUGAGAGGAGAACUGAAGGGCUCAAAGGAAGGUGAGGAAGACACACACAAUACUUUUGUGACAGACUGAAUAAUUGAACCAAAAAUCCAAUAAUACUUAAAUAAAGUGAAAAUGUACAACUACAAUACAAUAACCAACCAAAUGAAAUCAGACAAUAAAACAAACAUGGGCUUCAAUUACUGUUCAAGUAUAUGCACUUUGACCCAUAGCAUGUCACCUUUUCGAUAGAUUGGAUGAUAUGCAUGGGAAUUGGAUGAUAAUGGCAAAGCAUUGGUGUUAAUGUUUUCCCUAGCCUUGAAAAAGUCCCAAUCCGAGAUGGAAGCUAUGAAGAAACAAUUCGAUGGACUGACCAAAGAAUACGACCGACUGCUGAAAGAACACCAGGUAACCCCAGAGCUGAUCAUACAUACAGUAUCUACACUUAGCCUACAGUGCCUUCAGAAAGUAUUCACACCCCUUGACUUUUUCCAAAUUUGGUUGUGUUACAGCCUGAAUAAAAAAUUGAUUACAUUUAGAUUUUUGGCCAAUGGCCUACACGCAAUACCCCAUAAUGUCGAUGUGGAAUUAUAUUUUUUGAAAUGUGUACUUGAGUCAAUAAGUAUUCAACCCCUUUGUUAUGGUAAGCCUAAAUAAGUUCAGGGGUGAACAUUUACUUAACAAGUCACAUAAUAAGUUGCAUGGACUCUGUGUGCAAUAAUAGUGUUUAACAUGACUACCUCAUCUCUGUACCUCACACAUACAAUUAUUUGUAAGGUCCCUCAGUCGAGCAGUGAAUUUAAAACACAGAUUCAACCACAAAGACCAGGAAGGUUUUCCAAUGCUUUGCAAAAAAGGGUACCUAUUGGUAGAUGGGUAAAAAUUAAAUAAAAAAGCAGACAUUGAAUGUCCCUUUGAGCAUGGUGAAGUUAUUAAUUACACUUUGGAUGGUGUAUCAAUACACCCAGUCAUUAUAAACAUACAGGAGUCCUUCCUAGCUCAGUUCCCGGAGAGGAAGGAAACUGCAUAGGGACUUCACCAUGAGGCCAAUGGUGACUUCAAAAUAGUUUUAGUUUAAUGGCUGUGACAGGAGAACCGAGGAUGGAUCAUGAACAUUCUAGUUAUUAACCUAAUUGACAGAGAAAAUAAGGAAGCCUGUUCAGAAUAAAAAAGAUUCCUGUUUGCAACAAGGCACUAAAGUAAUGUUGCAGAAAAUGUGGCAAAGCAAUUAACUUUUUUGUCCUGAAUGCAAAGAGUCAUGUUUCGGGGAAAUCCAAUGCAACACAUUAUUGAGUACCACUCUCCAGAUGUUCGAGCAUUGUGGUGGCUGCAUCAUGUUAUGGGUAUGUUUGUAAUUGUUAAAGACUGGGGAGUUUUUCAGGAUAAAAAAUAAACGGAAUGGAGCUAAGCACUGGAAAGAUCUUAGUGGAAAACCGGGUUCAGUCUGUUUCCACCAACUGGGAGAUUAAUUCACCUUUCAGCAGGACAAUAACCUAAAACAAAAGGCCAAAUCUACACUGGAGCUGCUUACCAAGAAGGCAGUGAAUGUUCCUGACUGAGUUACAGUUUUGACUUAAAUCUACUUGAAAAUCUAUGGCAAGACCUGGAAAUGGUUGUCUAGCAAAUUCAAUCAAAUCAAAUCAAAUUUUGUCACAUGCGCCGAAUACAACAGGUGUAGACCUUACAGUGAAAUGCUUACUUACAAGCCCUUAACCAACAAUGCAGUUUAAAGAAAGAAUACCAAAAAAAUAUAUAUAUAUAUAUAAAUAAUAAUAAUACAAUAUAAAAGUAACAAAUAAUUAAAGAGCAGCAGUAAAAAUAACAAUAGCGAGGCUAUAUACAGGGGGUACCGGUACCGAGUCAAUGUGCGGGGACACCGUUUAGUCAAGGUAAUUGGGGUAAUAUGUACAUGUAGGUAGAGUUAUUGAAGUGACUAUGCAUAGAUAAUGAACAGAGAGUAGCAGCAGUGUAAAAGAGGGGUAGGGGGGAUGCAAAUAGUCUGGGUAGCCAUUUGAUUAGAUGUUCAGGAGUCGUAUGGCUCUUAUGGGGUAGAAGCUGUUUAGAAGCCUCUUGGACCUAGACUUGGCGCUCAGGUACUGCUUACCGUGCGGUAGCAGAGAGAACAGUCUAUGACUAGGGUGGCUGGAGUCUUUGACAAUUUUUAGGGCCUUCCUCUGACACCACCCGGUAUAGAUGUCCUAGAUGGCAGGAAGCUUGGCCCCAGUGAUGUACUGGGCCGUACGCACUACCUUCGGAGGCAGAGCAGUUGCCAUACCAGGCGGUGAUGCAACCAGUCAGGAUGCUCUCGAUGGUGCAGCUGUAUAACCUUUUGAGGAUCUGAGGACCCAUGCCAAAUCUUUUCAGUCUCCUUAGGGGGAAUAGGUUUUGUUGUGCCCUCUUCACGACUGUCUUGGUGUGCUUGGACCAUGUUAGUUUGUUGGUGAUGUGGACACCAAGGAACUUAAAGCUCUCAACAAGCUCCACUACAGCUCCGUCGAUGAGAAUGGGGGCAUGCUCGGUCCUCUUCUUUUUCCUGUAGUCCACAAUCAUCUCCUUUGUCUUGAUCACUUUGAGGGAGAGGUUGUUGUCCUAGCACCACACGGCCAGGUCUCUGACCUCCUCCCAAUAGGCUGUCUCGUCGUUGUCGGUGAUCAGGCCUACCACUGUUGUGUCAUCGGCAAACUUAGUGAUGGUGUUGGAGUCGUGCCUGGCCAUACAGUCAUGAGUGAACAGGGAGUACAGGAGGGGACUGAGCACGCACCCCUGAGGGGCCCCCGUGUUGAGGAUGAGCGUGGCGGAUGUGGAAGUCCAGGAUCCAGUUGCAGAGGGAGGUGUUUAGUCCCAGGGUCCUUAGCUUAGUGAUGAGCUUUGAGGGCACUAUGGUGUUGAACGCUGAGCUGUAGUCAAUGAAUAGCAUUCUCACAUAGGUGUUCCUUUUGUCCAGGUGUGAAAGGGCAGUGUGGAGCACAAUAGAGAUUGCAUCAUCUGUGGAUCUGUUGGGGUGAUAUGCAAAUUGGAGUAGGUCUAUGGUUUCUGGGAUAAUGGUGUUGAUGUGAGCCAUGACCAGCCUUUCAAAGCACUUCAUGGCUACAGACGUGAGUGCUACGGGUCAGUAGUCAUUUAGGCAGGUUACCUUAGUGUUCUUGGGCACAGGGACUAUGGUGGUCUGCUUGAAACAUGUUGAUAUUACAGACUCAGACAGGGAGAGGUUGAAAAUGUCAGUGAAGACACUUGCCAGUUGGUCAGCGCAUGCUCAGAGUAUACGCCCUGCGGCCUUGUGAAUGUUGACCUGUUUAAAGGUCUUACUCAAAUCAAAUCAAAUUGUAUUUGCCACAUGCGCCGAAUACAACAGGUGCAGACAUUACAGUGAAAUGCUUACUUACAGCCCUUAACCAACAGUGCAUUUAUUUUUAACAAAAAAAGUACAAAUAAAACAACAACAAAAAAAGUGUUGAGGAAAAAAAAGAGCAGAAGUAAAGUAAAAUAAAAUAACAGUAGGGAGGCUAUAUAUACAGGGGGGUACCGUUGCAGAGUCAAUGUGCGGGGGCACCGGCUAGUUGAGGUAGUUGAGGUAAUAUGUACAUGUGGGUAGAGUUAAAAGUGACUAUGCAUAAAUAAUUAACAGAGUAGCAGCAGCGUAAAAAGGAUGGGGUGGGGGGGCAGUGCAAAUAGUCCGGGUAGCCAUGAUUAGCUGUUCAGGAGUCUUAUGGCUUGGGGGUAGAAGCUGUUGAGAAGUCUUUUGGACCUAGACUUGGCACUCCGGUACCGCUUGCCGUGCGGUAGCAGAGAGAACAGUCUAUGACUAGGGUGACUGGAGUCUUUGACAAUUUUGAGGGCCUUCCUCUGACACCGCCUGGUAUAGAGGUCCUGGAUGGUAGGAAGCUUGGCCCCAGUGAUGUACUGGGCCGUACGCACUACCCUCUGUAGUGCCUUGCGGUCGGAGGCCAAGCAGUUGCCAUACCAGGCGGUGAUGCAACCAGUCAGGAUGCUCUCGAUGGUGCAGCUGUAGAAUUUUUUUGAGGAUCUGAGGACCCAUGCCAAAUCUUUUCAGUCUCCUGAGGGGGAAUAGGCUUUGUCGUGCCCUCUUCACGACUGUCUUGGUGUGUUUGGACCAUGAUAGUUCGUUGGUGAUGUGGACACCAAGGAACUUGAAGCUCUCAACCUGUUCCACUACAGCCCCGUCGAUGAGAAUGGGGGCGUGCUCAGUCCUCUUUUUUUACUCACAUCGGCUACGGAGAGUGUGAUCACACAGUCAUCCGGAACAGCUGAUACUCUCAUGCAUGUUUCAGUGUUACUUGCCUCGAAGCGAGCAUAAAAGUAAUUUAGCUCGUCUGGUAGGCUUGUGUCACUGGGCAGCUCGCGGCUGUGCUUCCCUUUGUAGUCUGUAAUAGUUUGCAAGCCCUGCCACAUCCGACGAGCGUCGGAGCCGUUGUAGUACGAUUCGAUCUUAGUCCUGUAUUGACACUUUGCCUGGUUGAUGGUUCGUCGGAGGGCAUAGCGGGAUUUCUUAUAAGCUUCCAGGUUAGAGCCGCUCCUUGAAAGCGGAAGCUCUACCCUUUAGCUCAGUGCGGAUGUUGCCGGCUUCUGGUUGGGGUAUGUACGUACAGUCACUGUGGGGACGACGUCAUCGAUGCACUUAUUGAUGAAGCCAGUGACUGAUGUGGCGUACUCCUUAAUGCCAUCGGAAGAAUCCCGGAACAUAUUCCAGCCUGUGCUAGCAAAACAGUCCAGUAGCUUAGCAUCUGCUUCAUCUGACCACUUUUUUAUUGACCGAGUUACUGGUGCUUCCUGCUUUAGUUUUUGCUUGUAAGCAGGAAUCAGGAGGAUAGAAUUAUGGUCAGGUUUUCCAAAUGGAAGGCGAGGGAGAGCUUUGUACGCAUUUCUGUGUGUGGAGUAAAGGUGGUCUAGAUGUUUUUUUCCCCUCUGGUUGCACAUUUAACAUGCUGGUAGAAAUGAGGUAAAACUGAUUUAAUUUCCCUGCAUCAAAGUCCCCGGCCACUAGUAGCGCCGCCUCUUUUCCUGUUUGCUUAUGGCCGUAUACAGUUAAUUGAGUGCGGUCUUAGUGCCAGCAUCGGUUUGUGGUGGUAGAAGCUACGAAGAAUAUAGAUAGUGUGGUCUACAGCUUAUCAUGAGAUACUCUACCUCAGGCGAACACAACCUUGAGACUUCCUUAGAUAUCGUGCACCAACUGUUGUUUACAAAUAUACAUAGACCACCACCCCUUGUCUUACCAGAGGCUGCUGUUCUAUCCUGCCGAUACAGUGUAUAACCCGCCAGCUGUAUGUUAUUCAUGUCAUCGUUCAGCCACGACUCGGUGAAACAUAAGAUAUUACAGUUUUUAAUGUCCCGUUGGUAGGAUAUUUGUGCCUGUAGUUCGUCCAUUUUAUUAUCAAGCGAUUGUAAGUUGGCCAAGUUAGCCACUCGUCGCCGGCUCCUUACCAAGCACUCCGAUCUCCUUCCGCGAUAUCUCCUUUUCUUUCUACUGCAAAUGACAGGGAUGAGGGCCCUGUCGGGUGUCUAGAGCAAAUCCCUCUCGUCCGACUCAUAAAGUAAAUUUUUUUUGUCCAGUUCAAGGUGAGUAAUCGCAGUUCUGAUGUCCAGAAGCUCUUUUCAGUAAUAAGAGACGGUAGCAGCAACAAUAUGUACAAAAUAAGUUUCAAACAAUGCGAAAAAACACACAAAAUAGCACGGUUGGUUAAGAGUCCAUAAAGCGGCAGCCAAUCCCUCCGGCGCUAUCACAAUCAUCAAUGAUCAACAACCAAUUUGACAGAGCUUAAAGAGUUUUGAAAAGCAUAAUGGGCAAAUAUUGCACAAUCCAGGUGUGGAAAGCUCUUAGAUUUACCCAUAAAGACUCACAGUUGUAAUCGCUACCAAAGGUGCUUCUACAACGUAUUGACUCAGGGGUGUGAAUACUCAUGUAAAUGAAAAAAAAAAAACGUUUUCACUUUGUCAGUAUGGGGUAUUGUGUAAUGAUGGGUGAGAAGAAAAUCUAUUUCAUCCAUUUUAAAUUCAGGCUGUAACACAACAAAAUGUGGAAUAAAUCAAGAGGGAUGAAUACUUUCUGAAGGCACUGUACAUAUUUAAUUGCAUAUUACUGCUCACCCAGCCUUGUUCAAAGCUGUCAACACUUAGAUACUGUAUACAGUGCAUUCGGAACGUAGUCAGACCCCUUCACUUUUUCCACAUUUUGUUACAUUACAGCCUUAUUCUAAAAUUGAUAAAAUUAUUUUUUUCCCCCUCAGCAAUUUAUAUACAAUACCCCAUAAUGACAAAGCGAAAUCAGGUUUUUAUAAAUUUUAGUAAAUGUAUUAAAAAUAAAAAAACAGAUACCUUAUGUAAAUAAGUAUUCAGACGCUUUGCUACGAGACUCGAAAUUGAGCUCAGGUGCAUCCUGUUUCCAUUGGUCAUCCUUGAGAUGUUUCUACAACUUGAUUGGAGUCCACCUGUGGUAAAUUCAAUUGAUUGGACAUUAUUUGGAAAGGCACACACCUGUCUAUAUAAGGUCCCACAGUUGACGGUGCAUGUCAGAGCAAAACCAAGCCAUGAGGUCGAAGGAAUUGUCCAUAGAGCUCAGAGACAGGAUUGUGUCGAGGCACAGAUCUGGGGUACCAAAAAAUGUCUGCAGCAUUGAAGGUCACCAAUAACACAGUGGCCUCCAUCAUUCUUAAAUGGAAGAAGUUUGGAACCACCAAGACUCUUCCUAGAGCUGGCCGUCCGGCCAAACUGAGCAAUCGGGGGAGAAGGGCCUUGCUCAGGGAGGUGACCAAGAACCCUAUGGUCACUCUGACAGAGCUCCAGAGUUCCUCUGUGGAGAUGGGAGAACCUUCCAGAAGGACAACCAUCUCUGCAGCACUCCACCAAUCAGGCCUUUAUGGUAGACUGGCCAGACGGAAGCCACUCCUCAGUAAAAGGCACAUGACAGCCCGCUAUGAGUUUGCCAAAAGGAACCUAAAGGACUCUCAGACCUUGAGAAACAAGAUUCUCUGGUCUGAUGAAACCAAUAUUGAACUCUUUGGCCUGAAUGCCAAGCGUCACAUCUGGAGGAAACUGGCACCAUCCCUACGGUGAAGCAUGGUGGUGGCAGCAUCAUGCUGUGAGGAUGUUUUUCAGCAGCAGGGACUGAGAGACUAGUCAGGACCGAGGGAAAGAUGAACGGAGUAAAGUACAGAGAGAUCCUUAAUGAAAACCUGCUCCAGAGCGCUCAGGACCUCAGACUGGGGCGAAGGUUAACCUUCCAACAGGACAAUGACCCUACGCACACAGCCAAGACAGAGCUUGAGAGAAUCUGCAGAGAAGAUUGGGAGAAACUCCCCAAAUACAGGAGUGCUAAGCUUGUAGCGUCAUACCCAAGAAGACUCGGGCGGUAAUCGCUCCAAAAGGUGCCUCAACACAGUACUGAGUAAAGGGUCUGAAUACUUAUGUAAAUGUGAUAUUUCCGUUUUUGCUUUGUCCUUAUGGGGUAUUGUGUGUAGAUUGAUGAGGGGAAAAAAACAAUUUAAUCCAUUUUAGAAUAAGGCUGUAACGUAACAAAAUGUGGAAAAAGUCAAGGGGUCUGAAUACUUUUCCGAAUGCACUGUAUUACUACCCUGCUCAACUGUAAACAGAAUACUUCAGCUCUGACUUUAGUAUUACUAUACAUUUACUUCACAGAUAUACUGUAUAUAUUAUUUAUUUUUUCCAGAAUCUUCAAGAGAGUGGACACAAAAAGGAUGAUUGAUAGUUCUUAUGACUACAGCGGUCAGAACGUUUACAGAUCGUACCAAGAAACCAGAAAAAACAGUCACGCACGCUAUCGCCUUCCUUUGAAAUACUGAAAACACCUGUGCAUGAUGUCACCAAAAUACUCCUCCAAAGCCUCACUGAGCCGGCAAAACUCAGAUAAAAAGCACCUGAGCACGUUUAUAAUAGAAUAGCUACUACACCAGCCUAGAAAUAGUGUUUAUAUUAUUUGCUGACUUUUGGAGAAUUGCACAGUUGUGAAUGAAUGCCUGCAUGCAUGGCUGUACAAGCUUCAGAUUACAGUGGUCUUCUACUGUGAAUGUAUUUUUGAUGUAAUGGGCUUGCUAUGCUGUUUUUGUCCUGUACAUGGCAAGAGCACCACUGUUACAUUCAUAUCAUUUUUUUU